AUGGCUGCUCGUCGUCGAGUUCGAAACCUUGGAGAUUUGAACGAAAACAACAAUAAGAGGGGCUGCAAGUUCGAGCAAUUUAAUCGCACUCAUCCGCCCACCUUUAAUGGAAGAGGCGAUUCCAAUGCAGUUGAGGAUUGGAUUCAGGACAUCGAAGAGAUAUUCAAUGUUUUGAAAGAGGCAAAGAGAUGGUGGAACUCUAAGAAAACCAUCAGAGAAGCUGGUGGAAUUGGAGAAGUGAGCUGGCCUCACUUUAAGCAAAACUUCUUCGACCGCUUCUUUCUGAAAGCAAACCAAGAAGGUAGAGCCCGAGAGUUUACUACCUUUGUGCAAGGGACCAUGGCGGUACACCAGUAUGCUGCAAAAUUUGUGGAGUUAUCUCGCUUUGCCUCAUAUUUGAUUCCCAAUGAAGAAAAGAAAACAGGAGGUUUGAAGCGGGUUUAA